CUACGUAUACGGGCGUGUCUGCAAUCAUUCCUGUGACACGGUUGCACAUGCAAUCAACAGGAUUGAAGGAGGUGUUGGAGCUUGUGUCUUUUCAAGCGGAAUGGCUGCCAUUAGUAACACAAUCCUGGCACUUAUAAAGAGUGGUGAUCACAUUAUUGCCCCUGAUCCAGUUUAUUCUGGAGUCUAUGCCUUCCUGAAGCAAAUCAUUAAUAUCUAUGGAGUGGAAGUGACGUAUGUACCAUCAGGGGACCUGGAUGCUUACAGGAAGGCAAUUAAACUAAACACAAAGAUUUUCUAUGGAGAAACACCAACAAAUCCAGUCUUGUCACUGUUAGACCUGAAAGCCUUUGCUGACAUUGCUAAAACUGUUCCUGGUGCUAUCAGCAUGUGUGAUUCUACAUUUGCCAGUCCAAUCCUACAAGAUACUCUAGGAGCAGGCAUAGACAUUGUCUUCCAGAGUUGCACAAAGUAUCUUGGAGGUCAUAGUGAUUUGCUUGCAGGAUCCAUGUGCACCUCAGAUCCAGAUCUAUUCUUCUAUCUGUCAGAGCAUCAGAAGAUUACUGGCAACAUCAUGUCUCCCUAUACUGCUUCUAUCUUACUACGAGGAAUCCGUACUCUACCAAUACGGAUGGAGAAACACAGUGAUAAUGCACUACAGGUCGCAAAGUUUCUUGAAGCUCACCCGAAGAUAUCCCGAGUGUUCUACCCUGGAUUGCCAUCCCAUCCCGAUUAUGAAGUAGCUAAGAAGCAGAUGAAGAAAUUCAGUGGAAUGGUAGUCUGUGAUAUUAAGGAUGGAAUGCAGGCUGCUAAGACAUUUGUCCAGGUGAGGUUAAGGGUGAUAGAGAAAAAACUUGCUCGUAAAUAAUGAUUAUGAUAAUCU